UGUUUUGUCCAUUGCAUCCAUUUCUUCCUGCUGUCGCCGAUGACUCAAACAAGGAAGUGCACCGGAUAAAGUAAGCUGUGGAGUUCAUUGAAUAAAAGUUACGAAAAAUACAGAGAAAAUAUGCCAUCUGAAGGUAUAUGCAAGUAAGGCGUCUUAUUAUAAUAACAGCGAUCGCCAGGCGGAAGAUGAUUAAAGUCGAGGCAGCAUCGUCGAUAGUGCGGUUCAUAGUUAUCGUGGACAUUGUGUCGGGGGUGUUGUCCAUCGUCUUCCGUGGGGUGGAUUGGUGGGGAAUAAUACUGAUGUGUAACGGGUGUGUGGCACUCGUUCAUCCCCUGCUUCUGUCUUGCUUGUACUCUCAGAAACCAACAAUCAGGAACAAGCCUUGUCGGAUUUACGGAAGGUUCGUCCUCUACUUUUGGCUCUUUGUACUGAACUGCACUUUGACGCCACUUUUUUUCCUCGCGUUCAGCCUCAUUCCAGCUUUCGAUAGGUACACCUUCUAUAGGCACAACAACCAACCUGCCGUCACCAUCCUUCUGUUUGUCGUCGGCCUCGUUACGUGCCUCGUGUUGACGGUGGUGAACCUGUACACGUUCUGUAUUAUGUACAAGUACGGGUGCUGCUUCAUUUACAGUCUCAAACAGGACGUCGAGGAAGCGGCAGCAAAGACGAACAUCGGUAUGGUGGCAACUGCGUCGGAGUAUGUUAACAGCACAGUGCCGGAAGCAUUAAGCCCGUGCAUUCCGCCGCCGUAUUCUGUGUCUGUUCAGCCUGAGGAGCGCGUUCAGACAUUCGCCGCUAAAAAGCAGUUAGGGAAUAAUUUCUAACGCAUUCAUAGUUUGUGCGGAAUGACAAUUUACACAUCAAUAUGAUUAUGAAACUAAGCACAAUAUUUAUUGGACUCAAAUAUAUAACAAUAUCGUCAUCGUGUUUAAAAUAGGACUGGUAAAAAUUAAAAUUAUCGUUUCCCAAUAGACAUGUUUUAUCAGACAUUUUUAUGUGUGCGUUGUAUUUUUUAGUGUGGUCUUUUUAACUUAUACUAUUUAACAAUGUAAUCCUACACUCAACGAUUUAUCUUUCCAACCGGUCAUUUGUAAAAGUGUUAUUUUUCUUAUAUGUAAACAAAUCCCUUCAAGUGUUCUAUAUAUUAAAACAAUUCAAGCAAUAAUGACAUCUGAACAAAUACUAAAAUGUGUGUAGUAACUUGUGAUAAUACCAGUGAAAAAAACAGAAACAUGCGAGGAUGGCAAGAAUCAUGCAGCCUGGUGCCGAAAUGAUGCUAUGACAUCACCAGAAUGCUGCUUAUGCGAGGAAUAACGUUACGCGUAUCGUUACAUCUAAUUAAAGAAAACACCAACUGCAUCAACAGAUAAUUUGUAUCAUCACUACGAAAUCCGUAUUUUCAGGCAACGCAACCACGAAUCACACAAUAUGAAACGAUCACAAUCACAUGCAAACAACCAUUAUUAAAACGAGAGCGACUAUGGCGUUGAAAGACUAUUUGCAAGAUACAUGGAAAGAGGGGGUCCUUCUGAGAGUGUUCUGAGCUUCAUGAAAUUUGCUCAGAAAAUGUGUGCCAAAAUAUUUUCUGACGAGUUCGAAAUUGGUUUUGUUUGGUUGAAAAACAUGGCCGCCAAGGGGCAGAGCUUGUUUUUCCUAAUAUGGAUUAAACUUGUUAACAUUUUAGAGGCCACAUUUAUUGUCCGAUAUACAUGAAAUUUGGUCAGUGGAUUUGUACAAAUGAUAUCUUAGACGAGUUCGAAAAUGUUUCCGGUUGCUUGAAAAACAUGGCCGCCAGGGGGCAGUGAAUUUUUAUUUUAAUAGCUAUAGUAAACCUUGUUAACACUCUAGAUGCCACAUUUAUUGUCCUAUCUUCGUGAAACUUGGUCAGAAGAUUCAUCCCUAUAAUAUCUUUGAUUUGUUUGGAAAUGGUUCCGGUUGGUUGAACAACUUUGCUGCCUGGGGGCGGGGAAUUUAUCAUUGUAUGCCUACUAUGUUAUCUUUAAUCAGAUGCAAAAUCGUUGCCUGCCUUUGUCUUGGUUUGGUCAAUCUUGAACAGUUUAUUUAAGCAACAAUUAACGAUUAAUCGUAAAAUAUUCAUUAAUUCCCAUUAAAUCCAUGUCAAAAAU